AUGCAGACCUAUCAGCUGCUAGGCGGCUGUGCGCCCUCGUCCCGGGAGGACGUGUAUGUCUUUGCCAUUGCGCCAGUCACAAAUCGUGGGCUUGCGGCGAUUACCUCGGCGGAUGAAUUGCUCCUUCUGAACAGGGACAGUCUGGAUCAGUCCGACGUUGGCAGACUGCAAGGUGCGCCCGUUGGCCUCACCUCAUUGGUGGUGGCCGACCAGGGGACCGCUGUAAUAUGUGCGGGCGGCGACGGGGCAGUAACUGUCUUCGAUCUGAGAACCCGAUCUAGAGCUGCGCAGUUCAAGUCGGAGAAACCUGUGAAUGCUCUAGCAAGUAGGCGCAACGACGUGGCCCUUGGCAGUGAAUCUGUCGUGUCUCUUUGGGAUCGACGACAGACGAAAAUUCGGUGGCAGAAUACCGAGGUCAACGAUGAGAUCACGGCCUUGAACUUCCACCCGUCCAGGGAUAAUCUGCUAGUAAGUGGGGGCGACGAUGGGUUGGUCUGCAUCUUCGACACCGAAGUUCAGGAGGAACAAGAUAGCCUGCUCCAAGCCGUCAACCAUGGUCCGAUCCACAAGACGGGUUUCCUGGGCUCCACAGACCUCUACGCUCUGAGCUCCGACCAGAAUCUUGCGUUGCAUUCUCUCACCGUGGACGACGUCGACGUGGAGGCCGAUCGAACGCCAGCGCCAGACCAGCUCGGGGAUCUCAGACCAGCCGUUCCCUGCGAAUAUGUCAUUGAUAUUCUCCAAAGUGGCCAGGACCACGUAGUGGCGUGUGGCGCUCACAGUUACUCUCGCGUAGAUCUGGUCAAACUUGAUCGUGGAAUCGGCCUCAGUCUCGACCAGCGCAUCGUGCUUGAAGGCGCCCAUGGGGAGGAGAUUGUUCGAUCGGUGUACGUGGACGAUGAGAACGGGACGAUUUUUACAGCGGGUGAGGAUGGACGGGUCGCUGCCUUCCGUCCCCGCGACAGUGCGCCGCCUGUCACCCCUGCCAAAGCCAAAGUCAAAAAAGUAUCAGAUGCAAGAUACAAACCUUACUGA